UUUACUUCCGCUAUAUAAACAUUUGUAGGUGGCUAACAUGCUACCCACAUCUUGAAUUGCAUUAUCAUGAACUCCUCCAUCUCCAUCAUCAAAUUAUUUUUUCUUUGUUCACUGUGUUCCAUCAUGUUCAACUCAUGCAGUUUUGCGGUUCAUUGCAAUGAGAAGGACACGAACGUACUCCUUAACUUCAAGCAACGACUCACAGAUCCUUCACAGCUUCUCUCUUCAUGGUUUCCGAAAUCAGAUUGCUGUGAAUGGAGAGGAGUCAAGUGUGAUAACAUCACAGGUAGGGUUUCAAUGCUUACUCUCCCUUGUCACACUCAUCCCUCUCCAAUUACUGCUGUGGGAGAAAAAGGCAACAAAUCACACUGUUUGUCAGGUGAAUUAAAUUUGGGUUUGCUGCAACUUGAAUAUUUGACCUACUUGGAUUUGAGCAACAAUGGCUUCAAGUUUCUCCAAUUCAAUUCAAUGGGUAGCCGUGAAAACUCCUCCAACCUCCAGUAUCUUGACUUAUCACGAAACUAUGAUAUUCUUGUCCGUGAUCUCCAUUGGAUUUCCAAUAUUUCAUCAUUGCAAUACCUUAAUCUUGAUGGUGUUCAUAUUCACAAGGAAAUUGAUUGGCUUCAAUCACUCACUUUGCUCCCUUCACUUUCUCUGUUACAUUUAGGAUUUUGUCAACUUGAGAAGAUAUAUCCAACUCUUCAAUAUGCUAAUUUUACUUCACUUAAAGCUCUAAAUCUUGCUGAUAAUGAUUUUGUAUCUGAGUUGCCUAGUUGGUUAUUCAAUCUUAGUUCUGACAUCUCCUAUAUUGACCUUAGUUGGAAUCAAAUACACGGUGAACUGCCUGAAACAAUGCCGAAUCUUAGAAGUAUUAAGUUCUUGUAUUUUACUCAUAAUUAUCUCAAAGGACCUCUUCCAAAUUGGUUAGGACAACUCGAACAACUACAAACUCUUCGUUUUUCUUUUAACUUUUUUUCUGGUCCAAUCCCUGCAUGUUUGGGAAAUUUAUCAUCCUUGAUUGAACUGAACCUCGACUCAAAUCAAUUGAAUGGAAAUCUUCCGAAAGACCUCAGGAAACUGUUCAACUUGGAAAGCCUUCGAGUAGCAGAAAAUUCCUUGACUGGAAUUGUGUCCGAAAGAAAUUUAGUUUCCUUUUCAAAGUUGGAGGUGUUAUCCCUUAAUUCACCUGCCCUGGUCUUUGAUUUUGAUCCUGAAUGGACCCCUCCUUUCCAACUUCAAGCGGUUGAGUUUGGCCAUGUGAGAGACAAGCUUCCUGAAUGGUUAUUCACACAAAGUUCUCUAAAAUUUCUAACCAUUGUAGACUCAACUGCUUCAUUUGAACCUCUUGACAGAUUUUGGAACUUUUCUAAACAACUUCAUUAUUUCAAAUUAAUCAACAACACAGUCAAUGGAGACAUAUCAAAUGUGUUGUUAAUGCCACAAUUUGUUUGGUUAGUUUCCAAUAAUUUAAGAGGUAACAUGCCUCGUUUAUCUCCAGAAGUGAUUGUAUUAAUUUUGCAUGAUAACUCUUUGUCUGGGUCAAUUUCUCCUCUCUUGUGCAACAAAAUGAGCAACAAAAGCAAUUUGAUUCACUUGGACAUGGGUUAUAAUCAUUUAUCUGGAGACCUCACAGAUUGUUGGAAUGAUUGGAAAUCAUUGGUUUAUGUUGAUUUAGGAUACAACAACUUAACAGGAAAGAUUCCUCACUCAAUAACUUCUUUGUCCAACCUUCGAUUUUUAUACUUAGAAAGCAAUAAGUUGUUUGGUGAGGUACCUGUCUCACUUAAAAAUUGCCAAAAUCUUUGGAUACUUGAUCUCGGUCACAAUAACUUUUCUGGAGAUAUACCAAACUGGUUGGUACAAAGUGUGAAAGGUCUUAAACUCAGAUCUAAUCGAUUCAGUGGAAAUAUUCCCACACAACUAUGUCAACUUCAUUCUUUGAUGGUCAUGGAUUUUGCAAGUAAUGGAUUGUCAGGAGCAAUACCCAAUUGCUUGCAUAACAUCACAACCAUGCUUUCUAGCGAUGCAUCAACUCGUGCAGUCGGUUAUACCCUUAAUUUACCAAGUUUUAGUACAAGUGUUGCUUGUACUAUUACCAUGCUUAUAAAAGGAAAUGAGUUAGAAUAUUUUAAUUUGAUGAAUUUGAUCGAUCUCUCGAAUAACAACUUGUCUGGGAGAGUGCCUUUAGAGAUGUAUAUGCUCACUGGAUUACAAUCAUUGAACUUGUCUCAUAACAUGUUGAGUGGCAAAAUACCAAAAGAGAUUGGCAACUUGGAACCCUUGGAGUCCAUUGAUCUCUCAAGAAACUUUUUCUCUGGAGAGAUUCCUCAGACCAUGUCUUCCUUGCAUUAUCUAGAGGUUUUAAAUUUGUCUUUCAAUAAUUUCAAGGGGAAAAUCCCAUUAGGGACCCAACUAGGUUCUUCAAACCUCAGCUAUAUAGGGAAUUCUGGUCUCUGUGGACCUCCACUUUCAAAGAUAUGCCCAGAAGAUGAAAAAUCCCAGAAUACAAAAUCAACUGGAGAAGAAGAAGGAGAUGAAUCUGAAGUACAUUCUAUGUUGUACAUGGGCUUGGGAAUUGGAUUUGCAGUAGGAUUCUGGGGUGUUGUUGGCACCAUUUUCUUCAAUAGGAGAUGUAGACAUGCUUAUUUUAGAUUUGUGCACCAGACUUAUGACUUUGCCAUCCAAAAGAUGAACUUCAUCUAAGCUAUGACAAUUAUAGUACAAUGGUGUACUCUGCAGGUCCCUGAUGUUCAGCUUCAAUAAAUUACUUCGUCCAGAACAAACAUAUCAAGUUUUCUAUAUAUGUUAAAAAUCCCGCUGAACAUUGGUUUGUUCGUUAUUCAUGGAAAAAAAUAAAUUGAUCCUAAUGAAGAGAAUUUGAGUAAUCUUAGUACUGUUGU